UCAGCGGGCCAUGGCGCGGGGGCCGCGGGGGCCGGCUCGGACCGCCACCGCCGGCGGGGCCAGAAGCUCUUCGUGGCCGCCUUCGCCGCCGCCUUGGGCCCGCUGAGCUUCGGCUUCGUGUUGGGCUACAGCUCUCCGGCCAUCCCCAGCCUAAGGACGGACGCCCAGACCCGCCUCAGGCUGGACGACGCCCAAGCCUCCUGGUUUGGAUCUAUAGUUACCCUGGGAGCUGCGACCGGGGGCUUGCUGGGCGGCUGGCUUGUGGAUAAAUUUGGGAGGAAGCUGAGUCUCAUGCUCUGCUCCGUACCCUACAUUGCUGGCUUCACAGUGAUCAUUGCUGCCCAGGACAUUUGGAUGCUCUACACUGGGAGACUUCUGACAGGCCUAGCUACUGGGGUCAUUUCACUUGUUGUCCCUGUCUAUAUUGCUGAAAUAUCUUACCCUAAAGUUCGAGGGAUGCUAGGAUCAUGUGUGCAGCUGAUGGUAGUGACGGGCAUAAUGGGAGCUUACAUUGCAGGAAUGGUUCUUGAGUGGCGCUGGCUGGCUGUCCUGUGUUGUGUUCCACCUUUUUGCAUGUUGCUGCUAAUGUGCUUUAUGCCAGAAACGCCGAGAUUCCUACUGAGCCAGAACAAACACCAGGAAGCAGUGACAGCUUUGCGUUUUCUGUGGGGUCCGGAGGUAGAUCAUGAAUGGGAGUGCAGGCAGAUAGAAGCCAGUGGUGGGGACCAGGAAUUUGAUUUAGCGGAGCUGAAGAAUCCUUCCAUUUACAGGCCACUUUUUAUUGGUGUGUCACUGAUGGCCUUGCAGCAGCUCACUGGGAUAAAUGCAGUUAUGUUUUAUGCAGAAACCAUUUUUGAAGAAGCUAAGUUUGAGAACAGCAGCAUGGCAUCAGCCAUUGUCGGGGCCGUACAAGUGUUUUUCACAGCAGUGGCAGCGCUGAUUAUGGAUAAAGCAGGGCGAAAAGUUCUUCUUUCCAUAUCAGGGGUCAUCAUGGCUCUCAGUGCCGUAACGUUUGGGGUAUACUUUAAAAUGACACUUCUAGCUCCUAGUAACUCAUCGCAUCCUGGUUCUCUUACAACUUUGAAUCCAGAACGCUCAGGACCAGAAUACGGUCUAGCAUGGCUGGCAGUUGUUAGUAUGGGAUUCUUUAUCACCGGAUUUGCUCUGGGCUGGGGGCCUAUUCCUUGGCUGGUCAUGUCUGAAAUUUUCCCUCUCCGAGCCAAAGGCCUGGCCAGUGGUGUCUGCGUCCUUACCAAUUGGAUCAUGGCUUUUUUAGUUACGAAGGAAUUCCAUCACCUUAUGGACUUCCUGACUUCAUAUGGAACCUUUUGGCUUUUCUCAGGCUUUUGUAUUGUAAAUGUCAUUUUUACUGCCUUCUGCGUUCCUGAAACCAAGGGAAAGACUUUGGAACAAAUUGAAGCUCAUUUUCAACGGAGUUGACACUUCAAUGGCAGAUACUGAGGAUACGAUUAUAGGUUAGAAUAUGCUGGUCCAACAACUCUCACAUUCUAAGGUGAACGGAAAUUGAAAAAUGGGGGGGAUGAACUCAAGUUGUGGUUGGGUUUUUGUAUCCCACACUUCCUUUGAGUUUUAACCCAAAUUUUUGAAAUUAUCAGCUACUUAUGGACGGGACAGUGGGAUUGUUUUCCUGUAAUUCACCAGUCCAUUAUUGCCCUUUCUCUAGAUUUGGUGCCUCAGAGAAUGGACAGUGCCAAGUUGUGAUGUGAACGUCAUCUCUAAUCCUAAAUCUGAUCAUGUGGGUCUCAGAUACUACGUUCAUGACUUACUAUAUAUCUUAAGCUUUUGCUGCCAGACUUCCAUCACGGAGGCUUGCUUCUUAAUACUCAGCUUUACAACCAUAAAAGAAAUGGAAUUGAUCGAUUAUAGGCCACAAUUUCCACAUUGUUUGGCCUUUUCCACCACGCUUAAAUAUAGAAGACAAGUUUAGGGCCAGAUGCAUGACUUAAAAAUAUAGUGCCUCUAUCUUAUCUGGAGCUUUUGAAGGCUAAGUAUUGUUUGAGCAAGAAAACCUGAUGCUAUCUCUUCCUGACUGUGCUGAGGCUUGAGGAAGAGGCCAGCGACUUGUUUCACCCUGAUGCAAACUCCCUGGAAAAUACAUUCCCCCUCAUUCUCAUUACUGGAUUACCGUGAGCAUGAUGCUUCCUAUUUCAGUGUUUUUCUAACUCUAUAAUUCUCAUCCUAACCUGUGGAUCAGACUCAAGUGGCUUUGGCUAGUUCAUAGCCUUUCUGAUUUUACAAAAACUCUAGACCAACCAUGGGCUCAAGUGCUCUUCUGUUGCACGCAAGUUUACAGUUACUAUUAGCUCAUGUUGUGUUUGUGUUUACAUUUUAAAAGAGCCCACUGCUUUGGUUCUUUUAUUGGGAAUUCUGGGGACACUGCAGCUAAAUACAGUCUGUCUGGAUUUUGAUCACUCUCCAUCUAAAGUGCUGGCUUGUCGGCUAUGUUGUUUCCCCUUCUGCCGAGCAGUAUAAUACCCUGUGAAGUAGAAUUUUCAUUGUAGCUAUCAUGGUAACAAUGAAAUUUCAUCUAAAUGUGUUCAGGCCAAUUUCUGGCUGUUGCAGACUUAACUGAGACAGAAAGAGGAUGGGAAGCAAUAUGGGAACUGUACUUCAGGUAAUUUUCCUUUCUUGAAUGAAAAGUUUUGAAAGAAAUCAGAAUAUUUGCUACGUCCUACCCUUUUGAAUAGGAGAGGUGAUUAAGCUUGCAGUUCAACAGACUGUUUUGACUGUGAAGGCUGAUGAAGAAAACGUUUUUCAAUAAACAAGUGAUUUUGAAAAGCA